AUGGCAGCUAAUCUCGAAAUUCAAAAUCAACUGGAAGUUCUGAUAGAUUCACUGUCCUCACUCUACUCUCUUGAUAAUCUUCAACCGCAUUACUUUAAUUACUGGAAACAGAAGGCCGGACUUCCUAAAGACCUGAGUGAUGCACCAGAAUGUGUCCAGAAUGUUGCUAAGGCAUGUGACUUGUUGAAAAUACAAGAUGUUUCAAGAUUAUAUCACGUUGAAAGUGAUUAUUACGAAUGGGAACUGCAACAACGUGCGUUCCGGCUCCGUGCUCCAUCAAAAGCUCAUCUUUGCAAGAGCAUAAUAUUUGAGAAUACGCGGUGUCCACAUGAGAGUAUUGAUGAUCCAUUGAACUCAAAAUAUUAUUGCGUUAUUGUCCAAUAUGUGGGUGCUGUUAACACACAGAAACUUAUGAACUAUGUAAGGUCGUUGAAGAAUAAAGAAAUCAGUAAGAAGAACUACAACUUUAGAAAAUCUUACGAAUUAACGGGAUUUGAGAAUAAUGGAGUUUCACCUAUCGGUAUGAGACAGCCGAUACCAGUAAUUUUAUCUAAAAGCAUUACCGAGAUUAGACCGUCUGUGUUUUAUAUGGGUGGUGGACAUGUUGACUGGAAGUUGGCAAUGCCCACAGACGCAUUCAUAAAAGCAACUAAUUGCUUUAUAGCCGAUUUAUCAUGA